GGGUAAGCAGAUCCACGCCUACUAGGGGUGAGCGAUGGGAAUGACAAAACAUUCUGAUCCAGCAUGACAUCACGACGCCUCGUUGCUCACAAUCACGUGACCUCGCCACUUUGAUAUGCGUCUUUAUCCGCUAACAUCCCAAAGCUUAUUUAAACAGUGUUUGAACGCCAAAUAAAUCAGUGGUUAGAAUCAUUCUGUAUGCAGAUAAUGUAUUUAAUAUAGUGAAUGAAGUCUGACUGGUGGAGACAGCUGAACAAAGCUGCACUGAACAUUUCCUGGUGAAGAUGGAGCAGAAUGAAAACAAUCAGGCAACACAGACACCAGAUGAGGAGACGAAAACCUGCCAACCGUCAUAUGGACAUGAACAGAUGAGGGAAAGACCCAAUCUGAAGAUAUCAGGAAAACAUCAAAAUAGGACGUCUUUCAUUCAACAAUCUAAAUCAAAGCAACACAAACGAAUUUACACUGAAGACACUGAACCAAGGCCUUUCACUUGCGCUCAGUGUAGAAAGAGUUAUGUGAAACAACGACAUCUUUUCUUUCACAUGAGAGUUCAUACAGGAGAGAAGCCUCUGAUAUCCCCUCAGUUUGGAAAGCUCUUUGCACAGCAAAGACAAAUGAGAGUUCACACUGUAGAGAAAGCUUUUUCCUGCCCUCAAUGUGGAAAGAGUUUCACCGUGAAGGGUACUCUCGAGAGCCACAUGCGAAUUCAUACUGGAGAAAGGCCUUUUAUCUGCCCUCAGUGUGGAAGGACUUUCAUAUUAAAACAAAGCCUUGAGAGACACAUCCGAACUCGCACGGGAGAGAAGCCUUUUACAUGCUCCGAGUGUGGAUUGAACUUCAUAGGAAAGCAAAAGCUUAAUAUUCACAUCAGAAUUCACACCGGAGAGCAGCCUUUUACUUGUCCACAGUGCGGAAAGACUUUCAUUUUCAAGCAAAGCCUUGAGAGACACUUAAAAAGUCACACUGGAGAAAAGUCUUAUGUAUGUUCUGCAUGUGGGAAGAGCUUCGCUGAGAGACACAAGCUUAAAAUUCACAUGAGGAUUCACACCGGAGAGAAGCCUUUCACAUGCCCUCAGUGUGGAAAGAGCUUUAGGGUAAGCCGGAGCCUUAAGAGACACAUUAGCAUGCACACCGGAGAGAAACCAUACGCUUGCACGCAAUGUGCAAAGUGUUACACUGUAAAACAACAUCUUGAGAAUCACAUGAGAGUUCACACCGGAGAGAAACCUUUUAUUUGCUCCGAAUGUGGAAACUGUUUUAUGGAUCAACGGCAACUUGUAAUUCACACAAGAAUUCACACUGGAGAGAAGCCUUAUACUUGCUCUAAAUGCGGAAAGAGUUUCAUGCAACAAGGACAGUUAACAUAUCACAUGCGGAUUCACACCGGAGUGAAACCCUUUUCUUGUUCUCAAUGUGAAAAGAGAUUCACUCUGAAAAGUACUCUCGAUAGCCACAUGCGAAUUCACACCGGAGAGAAGCCUUAUGUUUGCUUUCAGUGUGGGAAGUGUUUCAAGCAACAAGGACAACUUCAAGUUCACAUGACAACUCACACCGGCGAGAAGCCUUUCGUAUGCUCGUACUGCAUGAGGUGCUUCACUCUGAAAUACUGCCUUGAGAGGCACAUCCGAAUUCACACCGGAGAGAAACCAUUCACCUGCUCUCAAUGUGGGAGGGGCUUCACAGAGAAACAAAAGCUUGUCGUUCACAUGCGGAUUCACUCCGGAGAGAAACCUUUCAGCUGUUCUGAGUGUGGAAGGAGGUUCACUGUAAACCGGAGCCUAAAGAGACACAUGAUUGUUCACGCUGGAGAGAAACCUUUCUCUUGCUCGCAGUGUGGGAAGUGUUUCGCGCAACAAGCACAGCUUCAGAGUCACUCCGGAAUUCACACCGGAAAGAAACCGUUCAUCUGCUCCCAAUGUGGGAAGUGUUUCACAGAGAGCAGGAACCUUAGGAGGCACAUGCGCGUUCACGAUGUAAACAGUUUAAUCGGUUGCCCUCAGUGUGAAAAGUGUUUCGUGCAUCAAAGACAGCUUAAAAGUCACUUAAGAGUUCACGCUGGAGAGAAGCCUUAUACGUGCUCAGCGUGUGGAAAGGGGUUCAGAGUCAAGCAAGGACUCACAAGACACAAAGUAACUCACACUGGAGAGAAGCAUUUCAUCUGCUCCGAGUGUGGAAAGAGAUUCAUGCAGCAAGGGCACCUGCAGAAUCACAUGAAAAUCCACACCGGAGAGAAGCCUUUCAGCUGCUCUGAAUGUGGAAAGAGUUUCACCAUGAAUAUCACUCUAAAGAGACACAUGAAGAUUCACACUGGAGAGAAGCCUUAUAACUGUCCCUACUGCGCAAUGAGUUUCCCAGAGAAACCAGGACUUGAGAGACACAUGAGGAUUCACACCGGAGAAAGACCGUUCUCCUGUUCUGUGUGCGGAAAGGGUUUCAUGCAACAGGGACACCUUCAGAGUCACAUCAGGAUUCACACCGGAGAGAAAGCGUUCAUCUGCUCUGAGUGUGGAAAGGGUUUCGCUGUCAAACAAAGCCUUAAAAUUCACAUGAGAAUCCACACUAGAGAGAAGCCUAUAGACAGCGUGCAGGAAUCACCUAAGUGCGACAUGGGUUUAGAUGAUGUGAAGACAGGCAAAGUGUACCAGGACACUGGAAGAUCUGUUUAAGCAAGUCAUCAUGAUUAAUAUAACAGCAUUGGGAGAGUUUGGUCAGAAAAAGUACAUUGUAUGUACACACAUAAUACAAUCAGAACUGAUUAAUAGCGUGUUGUAAAUGGCACUAAGUGCAGCAACCUUUGUUGUAAUAUUCAUUCAUUCAUUCAUUCAUUUUCCUUCGGCUUAGUCCCUUAUUUAUCAGGGGUCACCACAGCGUAAUGAACCACCAACUAUUCCAGCAUAUGUUUUACACAGCAGAUGCCCUUCCAGCCGCAACCCAGUACUGAGAAACACCCAUAUAUUGUUGCAUUCACACACACUCUCAUACACUACAGUCAAUUUUAUUUACCCAAUUCACCUAUUGGGUCAUUACCCAAUUCACCUAGCACAUGUGUUUGGACUUUGAGGGAAAGCGGAGGAAACACAGAGCACAAGAGCAUUGGCAAUCUCCACACAGAAAUGCCAACUGGCCCAGCCCGGACUCAAACCAGCGACCUUCUUGCUGUGAGGUGACAGGGCUAACCACUGAGCCACCGUGCUGUCCCUCUUUAUUGUAAUAUAAAUUUUUAUUUAUUUUUUUAAAUACCAACUUUAACAGAAUUGGUCCUAGUAAAUUAAGGCUGCGUAUGAAAUUGCAUACUAUAUAGUAUGUUUAAAACAGUAUGCGAGCUGAUUAGUAUAUGCGAAUUCAAAGUAUUCAAAAAAAGUAUACAAGGAGUACCUGGAUACCUACUACUUCCGGUAAUAAUCUGAAGUGCGCAUCUAAGGGAUGCUACACUGUCCCAUGAUGCCCUGAGAGAAUUUAUGAAUGGAAGUGAAGUGGCGCAACUGACGCAGGCAGGUCAUGUGAUAAUGACAAAAGAGCGUAUUUAGUACAUCCGAGUUCCAUUGAGACUACUCACGUUCAUACUGUAUAGAACAUACUUUUCAAAUGGUUGUGUAGUAAAUUCAAAUGUAGCACACACUGAGUAGUAGGUGAUUUCGGACGCAGCCUAAGUCAGUCAUAAUAAUUAUUAUUCAAAUUAUUUUCAGAAAUUUAUUGAAAUUUGUCCUAUAUAUUAAAUUUGUCCUUAAAUAUUUCCUAUACAAUGCAGUAUAUAUGAUUUUUGUCCGUUUUGUAAUUGUGUAAAUUAUUGUACAAAAAUAUUUAAGAUUAAAAAUCUGCAGUGCAAAUUGGAAAA